UCUCCGCGCGUCCCGCAGGAGGGGAGACCGCGCCGCCGCGCCCGGGCCGCCGGCGAUGAUCACCUAGGAGGCGGGCGCGAGCGACGGAGGAGCCGGGCGCGGCGACACGCGGCCAUGCAGUGGGAGCCGGCGGCGGCGGAGGAGCCCGGGCCCCCGGGGCGGCGGCGGUGGCGGCAGCGGCGCCGCGAGGGCUGGACGCGCACCGUGCGCUCCAACCUGCUGCCGCCCCCGGGGGUCGAGGACCCUGCGGCGGGUGCGGCCACGGGCGCGCGGCGGCGGCGGCUUCGUGCGGGCGCCCAGCACCUGUCCGACAACCGGCUCAAGACCACCAAGUACACUCUGCUGUCCUUCCUGCCCAAGAACCUGUUCGAGCAGUUCCACCGCCUGGCCAACGUGUACUUCGUCUUCAUCGCGCUGCUCAACUUCGUGCCGGCGGUGAACGCCUUCCAGCCGGGGCUGGCGCUGGCCCCCGUGCUCUUCAUCCUGGCCGUCACGGCCUUCAAGGACCUGUGGGAGGACUACAGCCGCCACCGCUCUGACCACGAGAUCAACCACCUGGGCUGCCUCGUCUUCAGCAGGGAAGAGAAGCAAUUCGUGAACCGAUUCUGGAAAGAAAUCCAUGUGGGAGACUUUGUGCAUCUUCGCUGCAAUGAAAUCAUCCCUGCAGACAUUCUGCUGCUGUCUUCCAGUGACCCCGAUGGUCUGUGCCACAUCGAGACUGCCAACUUGGAUGGAGAGACCAACCUGAAGCGACGGCAGGUGGUCCGCGGCUUCUCAGAGCUUGUCUCCGAAUUCAAUCCUUUGACGUUCACCAGCAUAAUUGAGUGUGAGAAGCCAAACAACGACCUGAAUAGGUUCCGUGGUUGCAUCAUACACGACAGUGGGCAGAAGGCCGGGCUGUAUAAAGAAAACCUGCUGCUGCGGGGGUGCACCAUCAGGAACACGGAAGCCAUCGUCGGCAUUGUUAUCUAUGCAGGACACGAAACCAAGGCUCUGCUGAACAACAGUGGGCCUCGCUACAAGCGUAGCCGGCUUGAGAGGCAGAUGAACUGUGAUGUGCUCUGGGGCGUCCUCCUCCUCGUCUGUAUGUCUCUGUUUUCAGCAGUUGGACAUGGACUGUGGAUGUGGCGGUAUCAAGAGAAGAAACCAUUAUUUGAUGUCCCCGAAUCCGAUGGCAGCUCUUUAUCCCCAGUCACAGCUGCAGUGUACUCCUUUCUGACCACGAUAAUAGUUCUGCAGGUUUUGAUCCCAAUUUCCUUAUAUGUGUCCAUUGAAAUUGUUAAAGUAUGCCAGGUGUACUUCAUUAACCAGGACAUAGAAUUAUACGACGAAGAGACAGACUCACAGCUGCAGUGCCGAGCUCUGAACAUCACCGAAGACUUGGGGCAGAUACAGUAUAUCUUCUCAGAUAAAACUGGCACUUUAACUGAGAAUAAGAUGGUUUUCCGAAGAUGCACUGUAUCUGGCAUAGAAUAUUCCCAUGAUGCAAAUGCCCAGCGUCUGGCCCGGUACCAGGAGGCGGACUCAGAGGAGGAGGAGGUGCUUCCUAGAGGGGGCUCCCUGCCCCAGCGCAGCAGCUCCGGGAGCCACCAGAGCGUCCGCGCCAUGCCCAGGAGCCAGAGCACCAGGUCCCACCGGCGCACGGGCAGCCGGGCCGAGGCCAGGCAGGCCAGCGUGCUGUCCCAGCACACAGCGUUCAGCAGCCCCAUGGAGAAAAACAUUACACCUGACCCAAAGCUGUUUGAGAAGGUGAGCGAAUGCGACAGGUGCCUGGCCAUCGCAAGGCACCGGGAGCACCCGCUGGCCCACCUCUCACCCGAACUGUCUGACGUUUUUGACUUCUUCAUCGCGCUCACCAUCUGCAACACGGUAGUAGUCACAUCACCAGAUCAGCCACGACAAAAGGUGAGGGUGAGGUUUGAGCUGAAGUCCCCCGUGAAAACCAUAGAAGACUUCCUCCGGAGGUUCACGCCCAGCCGCCGGGCUGCGGGCUGCAACGGCCUCGGGAGCCUGGCCGCCAACAGGGGCCCGAACAAGUCGAGCUCCGGCUGCCUGUCCGGCCCGGCCCGCGACAGCGCUCUGCUCGGGCCCGAGGAGCGGCCGGGCCAGCCCGUGGCGCUCGCCAGCAACGGCAUCAGCGAGCCGGGCAGUGGGGCCUCGCGGCGCACGGCCCGCGGGCAGGCACCGGAGCUGCGCUACGAGGCCGAGAGCCCCGACGAGGCGGCGCUCGUGUAUGCAGCCCGGGCCUACAGCUGCGCGCUGGUGGACCGCCUGCCCGACCACGUGUCGGUGCAGCUGCCCCAGCUGGGCAGGCUCACCUUCGAGCUCCUGCACACGCUGGGCUUCGACUCCGUCCGCAAGAGGAUGUCGGUGGUCAUCCGGCACCCCCUCACCGACGAGAUCAGCGUCUACACCAAGGGGGCCGACUCGGUGCUCAUGGACCUCCUGCUGCCCUGCUCCCCAGAUGAUGCCAGAGGAAGGCAUCAGAAGAAAAUCCGAAGCAAGACUCAGAAUUACCUCAACCUAUAUGCAGUGGAAGGCCUGCGUACUUUGUGCAUCGCCAAGAGGGUCCUAAGUAAAGAAGAGUAUGCCUGUUGGUUGCAAAGCCACUUAGAAGCAGAGUCCUCCCUGGAAAACCGCGAGGAGCUCCUUUUUCAGUCUGCCAUUCGCCUGGAGACCAAUCUUCACCUGUUGGGUGCCACUGGGAUUGAAGACCGCCUGCAGGAUGGAGUUCCCGAAACCAUCACUAAACUGCGUCAGGCAGGCCUGCAGAUUUGGGUUCUCACCGGGGACAAACAGGAAACAGCCAUCAACAUUGCGUAUGCCUGCAAACUGCUGGACCAUGAUGAGGAGGUCAUCACCCUGAAUGCUGAAUCCCAGGAGGCAUGUGCAGCCCUGCUGGACCAGUGCCUACACUACAUGCAGUCCAGGAGCCCCCACAGAACCCCUGAGAAGAUCACAGGCACUGUGAGCAUGGGGUUAUACCCCCUCUGCCCUCCCCCUGCACCCUCCACCUCUGGCCCCAUCCCGAGCCUCGUGAUCGACGGGAGAAGUCUGACCUACGCCCUUGAGAAAAACCUGGAGGACAAGUUUCUCUUCCUCGCUAAGCAGUGCCGGUCAGUCCUUUGCUGUCGCUCGACACCCCUGCAGAAGAGCAUGGUGGUGAAGCUGGUGAGGAGCAAGCUCAAGGCCAUGACCCUGGCUAUCGGAGACGGAGCCAACGAUGUCAGCAUGAUCCAGGUGGCCGAUGUGGGUGUGGGGAUCUCGGGCCAGGAGGGCAUGCAGGCAGUGAUGGCCAGUGACUUUGCAGUGCCGAGAUUCCGGUACCUCGAGAGACUCUUAAUCGUUCAUGGACAUUGGUGCUAUUCCCGACUUGCCAACAUGGUGCUGUACUUCUUCUACAAAAACACAAUGUUCGUAGGCCUCCUAUUUUGGUUCCAGUUUUACUGUGGCUUCUCUGCAUCUGCUAUGAUUGACCAGUGGUACCUGAUCUUCUUUAAUCUGCUCUUCUCGUCACUUCCCCAGCUCGUGACUGGGGUGCUGGACAAGGAUGUGCCGGCCAACAUGCUGCUGACCCAGCCCCAGCUGUACAGGAGCGGCCAGAACAUGGAGGAAUAUCGGCCACAUACCUUCUGGUUGAACAUGGCUGACGCUACCUUCCAGAGCCUGGUUUGCUUUUUCAUUCCUUACCUGGCUUAUUAUGACUCAGACACAGACGUGUUUACCUGGGGAACGCCCAUCACUGCGAUUGCACUGUUCACCUUCCUGCUGCACCUGGGUAUUGAAACCAGGACCUGGACCUGGCUCAACUGGAUAGCUUGUGGCUUCAGUAUCCUUUUAUUUUUCACUGUGGCUUUGAUUUACAAUGCUUCUUGUGCAACGUGUUAUCCUCCAUCCAACCCUUAUUGGACUAUGCAAGCAUUAAUGGGCGACCCCAUGUUUUACUUGACUUGUCUCAUAGCACCUGUUGCUGCACUGCUGCCCAGAUUGUUUUUCAAAGCACUGCAGGGGAGCCUCUUCCCCACCCAGCUGCAGCUGGGGCGCCAGUUGGCCAAGAGAUCCCCCAAGAAAUGCAAUGCUCCCAAAGAGACCUUUGCUCAGGGACAGCUCCCGGGAGAACCGAGAACAGAAACAUCCAAACAGAAGAGCAUCAGUAUGUCUGGAGUCCCCUCUCAGGACCGCACCUCACAGGUGUCUUGGCAUGCACAACAGCCAGCCUGCUCCCCAGAGAGCACUGGGGAGCCCAGCGUGGUAGACAUGACUGUGCCUUUGAGGGAGGACACCUUGCCUCAGGAACUGAGCAGGCAGGCCCCCGGGGCUAACAGGCCAGGGGAGACUGUCCUGGGAGGAUGUCCUGGGGACCCCAAGAUGAAUCCCACCAGCACCAGCAGGGCAGUCCCCCUGUCACCCAUCUUCAGCCUGCCCAGCUUCAGCUCACUCAACUGGAUUUCCUCCCUGUCACUGGUCAGUGGGCUGGGCAGUGUCUUACAGCUCUCCAGAAGUAGCUUGCAGGCGGACCAGCAGGAGGGCGAAUUCCUGCCCAGCCCCCCUCAGCCAGAACAGGACCUGUGUGACCAUCAUGGGCAGACCACGGACUACUUCUAGGAGCAUCUUCUGGUCAUUGCAACUGAUGGCAGUAUUAGUGAAAACCUUGAAAUGGCCAAUUUUUUAAAAUAACAUAGGUGUUAAUAUUAUUUAUGUUUAUUAUUUGCACAGAUUUCUAGUGAGAUGUAUUUUAUAUAUUUCCACAGCUAACGCAGGAAAUGAAAGGUACCAAAAAAGAAAGUUUAUUUUUUAAAAGUUCUAAGUAGAGUAUAUUGAAAAGAAAAAAAAGAGCUUUAACAUAUAUGAAAAUUUAAAGAAGAGUGACACUUGAAAAGUGUGUUUAGAUUUAUUUUUUCAUCUCAUUUUAUAAGAAAAUGCAGUCUAACUGGUUUUGUUCAACGUGGUGACCUUUGCUUUCCCUGUGUGUAAAUGUGUGUGAGCAUGGGGAGCCCAGGCAGGUGUGGACAGCAGUGGGGGAGCUGAUGGGUUUGGGGGACAGGGAUCAGGGCAGGGGAAGCAUGGCCCCUAGCCGUAAAUCCCCACAGUCUGUCUCCACUAACCUGCAAGGGUGGGACCUCCACCCAGGAAAAGGGAAAUGAGACCUCGAGAAACACACUUGAGGUUCACGCCGUCGGUCAGUUCUACACAGGCAUUUCGUAAAGAUCGCCUUGUGGUUACCACAGUCCCUGUGUAGGGUCUGCCUGUCAAAACCAUAACAAGCAAUAAACAGCCUUUACUUUGCAAA